GCUCGGAGAUGAAGAGUCUUCAGUCACCGCUUCCUUAAAGCAUCCACCUCCUGCCUUCUUCAGAGGAUCGUCAGACUUCCAGGACGCUUCUGCCUCACCCUCUCAUCAGUAAAGGGACAGGAAGACAGUAUCAUUCAUCAUGGGCCUUCUCCACCUUGUCGAGGAUAGGCCUACGCCUAAGCAGGUGUACAACUGGCGCGUGUACGCCGCCGCGUCUGUUGCAUCUUUCGCAGCUUGCAUGAUCGGUUAUGACUCUGCCUUCAUCGGAACAACGCUUGCGCUGCCUUCCUUUGUUGACGAAUUCCGACUGAACUCACCUAGGCAAAUCUCAGCCUCAGCUCUUGCCACAACAAGGUCCAACAUUGUCUCUGUCUACCAGGCUGGUGCUUUCUUCGGUGCUUUGGGUGCCUAUGUCACUUCCUACUACCUUGGCCGCAGGAUUACAUUACUUAUCUGGACUAUGGUCUUUAUCCUCGGUGCAGGGAUGAUGUUGGGCGCGAACGGCGAGCGUGGGCUUGGUCUGAUCAUUGGCGGCCGUGUUUUGGCCGGUCUUGGUGUUGGUGCUGCCAGUAACAUGGUUCCGAUCUACAUUUCCGAAUUGUCGCCUCCAGCGGUUCGUGGACGUCUUGUCGGUAUCUAUGAGCUUGGAUGGCAGAUCGGUGGCCUUGUUGGUUUCUGGAUCAACUACGGCCUUGUCGAGACCAUGGGCCCGUCUACACGCCAAUGGAUGAUCCCAUUCGCCGUUCAGCUCAUUCCCGCUGGUAUGCUUCUUCUCGGCGCUAUUUGGCUGAAGGAAUCACCCCGAUGGCAAUUCGCUCGUGGCGAUCGCGAGAAGGCUGUUAGAGACCUGUGCUGGAUUCGUAACCUUGAGGCCACUCACCCUUACAUGGUUGAAGAGAUUGCUGCUAUCGACGCUGAGAUUGAGCACGACCGUAUGAUCGUUGGCCCCGGAUUCUGGGCACCCUUCAAGGCUGUCAAGCAGCGCAAGGUGCAGUACCGUCUCUUCCUCGGCGGUAUGCUCUUCCUCUGGCAGAACGGAUCCGGUAUCAAUGCCAUCAACUACUACUCGCCCACCGUAUUCAGGUCCAUCGGCAUCACUGGUACUAACACCGGUUUCUUCACGACUGGACUGUUUGGCGUAGUCAAAACAGUCCUUACCGUCGUCUGGCUCAUGUACCUGAUCGAUCAUCUCGGACGCACUAAACUCCUCAUGAUCGGUGCUGCUGGCGGAUCGGUCUGCAUGUGGAUCAUCGGCGCAUACAUCAAGAUCCGAGGACCUACGACUUCUGGGAGUGGCAACCUGCCCCCUGGCGGUAUCGCAGCUAUCUUUUUCUUUUAUCUCUGGACUGCGUUCUACACUCCUUCCUGGAACGGAACCCCGUGGGUCAUCAACUCCGAAAUGUUCUCCCAACAGACCCGCUCCCUUGGACAAGCAUCUGCAGCAAUGAACAAUUGGUUCUGGAAUUUUAUCAUCUCGCGCUUCACACCGCAGAUGUUCAACACCAUGAGCUACGGUGUUUACUUUUUCUUCGCCUGCUUGAUGAUUCUAUCGGUUCCGUUCGUUUACUUCCUUAUUCCCGAGACCAAGGGUAUUCCUCUUGAGCGUAUGGAUGAGCUGUUCGAGAUUAAGCCUGCCAAUAAGGCCCACGGUAUCUUACUCGAGCGCCUGGGUGAGAUGGAGGCAGUCCGCGAGGGCGGUUUAUUCGAGGAGAAAGCUAAGGAUGCCGAGCGCCGUGAGAGCGUCUAAGCAAUUGACGAUGUAUGAAUUUGUAUGGUGGAGGAAAUAUGCAUGACUCUAUGAUAUCUAUAUGUUAGCACGCAGCAUUGCUAUAAUCGAUCAUUUAAUUAAUUACCACAAAC